GCAAGUAAACCUAUCCCUACACUUGCAGAGCUUGAUCCGAUCAGUGAAGAUGAGGAAUAUGGACAUGAAGUAGAUUAUAUCGCUGAUUUAGAUUCGGACUCGGAUACUGAAUCAUCAGAGCAGGUGUUACCUUUAACACAGCCCACUCACAUAAAAAAGCGGGCUCACAGUGCUAUUGAGUCUCAGGAUGAUCAAUCCCUUCCCAUGAUCUCUGAGGACUGUACACAAGGACGAUCAGGGAGGAUUCGGAAGAGGCCUAAGAUGCCAGAUGGGUUCGAGAUAGAGAAAAUAUGA